AUGAGCGUCAGCGUCAACGUCACCGCCAGCGCCGUCGAACAAGCAGCCACGCUGGACGAAGACGCCGACGACGUUCAGGACGCCGGGGGCGUGCUGCCAUGGUGCGCGACGCACGUGAGCCCGUGCUUGGCGACGCUGGUAGCGAGUCUGGCGUACGCGAGCCUGUACGCGCUGGUGCCGCACCUGGUGACCACGGUGGUGGCGCCACGCUGCUUCGCGCCCGACUGCUACGACUUCCCGAAGGAGCUAGCCAUGGCCAUGGACGCCAACGUGGACCCGUGCACCGACUUCUACCAGUUCACAUGCGGACGAUGGAGCAAGGUGCAUCCGAUGGACACGAACCAGUUCACGAGCCUCCAGCGCAAGAUCUUCUUCAGCCUGUACACCGACAUCAGGCGCCAGCCGAGCUCGGCGCCGAGCCGCUCCGGCGAGAAGUCAGCGCAGGCCUUGCGCAUGUGCGAGGACAUCUUCGUGAACCGCGAGGAGAACCUCGAAGGGCUGCGCGCUUUCCUUGGCGACCACGGCCUCGGCUGGCCCGACGUGCCAUUGGACUCAGCCGAGUUCAACGUGCUCGACGCCCUCGUGGGCCUCAGCCUGGACACCGACGUGCACUUCUUGUUUCAGAUGAAGCUGGUGCCCAACUUCCGGCAGGACGACCGGCUGAUCCUGUCGCUGAGCCACAACCAGGGGCUCAUGCUCUGGUUCCAGCACAGGGUCCUACACCUGCCCGGCGCAGCCCUGGGCAAGAUGCUGCAAAAGCUGGCGGUGGCACUGGGCAACCCGGGUCAGGACUACGCGUCCCUGGUCGAGGACAUGGUCCAGAUGGACACCGACCUCAUGUCCAUGUACUUCGAGUUCAAGGAGAAGGACCUCAUCGGCUACUCGCAGUUCCAGGAGCUGGGCGACCUGAGCGCGGGCCGCGUCUCCUCCGAGCGCUGGCUGGAGGCCAUCAACCGGCACCUCCCCGAAGAGGCCCAGAUGGGCGAGCUCAGCGAGCUGUACAUCAUCGGCACCGCCUACUUGGGCGUCGCGGGUCGCUUCCUGGGCAAGUACGCUCGCGAGCCGGACCGGCUGCGGCUCUUCAUCGGCUGGCACGUGGCCCGGUCGCUGAUGCCGCUCGCCUCGUAUGAGCUCACCAAGGCACUGCAGGCCGAGACGAGCGAGGCGCAGAUGGCCGUCACGUACCUCGAGUCGUGCAUCGGCCGCGUCUCGGAGAUGGCGCCGUUCGCGUUGGCCCACUUCUUCUUCGCCAAGUUCCUGCCGGCGGGAGCGCUCAAGACAGCCGACCGCAUGGUGAACUCGAUACGCGACUCCUCCCUGCUCGCCUUCCGCAACCUCUCCUGGAUGGAGGACUCCACGCGCAGGCAGGCCGUCAACAAGCUCUCCUCGCUGCACGAGAUUGUCGCCUUCCCCAAGGAGCUGUCGUCGGCCGAGGCGAUUGACGCCCACUACUCCUACCUGCCCAAGUUCAGGCGCCCGUUUCUGCGCACGUACACGGAAUCGCUUCGCGCCGCCCUGGCGCAGUCCAAGCCCCUUCUGCGCGGCGGCCGCGGCAACCGGUCCAUCAACCGCGAGCUGUACCUGCAUGCGCAGCCCAUACCGGUGAACGCGUUCUACAUGUUCGUCUACCACGUGAUGUUCAUCAUGCCGUCCAUACAGUUCCCGCCGUACUUUGCGCGCUCUCUGCCCACGGCGGCGCGCUACGGGGGCCUAGGUCACGUGGUAGGCCACGAGAUCACACACGUCUUCGACCCUUUCAUGGGGAACAUGGACCAGACCGGAGUAAAG